AUGAAGGUCGACACGCCAGAGAUCCGAUGGCAUUACGGGCCGACGGGUCUGAACGAAGCCGUCCUGUCUAUCGACUACCUGAGGCGUCCAUCAUCAUCUCCAGAUGCGUCGGGCGAGCUCGUCGACACAAGCAGCUCCGGCUCGGUGAAUGGGACUGCGUCCGCCGGUAGUGCUACUCCACCAGUACUCCCGUCGGUGCUUGCCACGGGUGGCUCGGACAAGGAAGUCCGUCUGUGGAUCAUGCCAGUAGAUGGCCCGUUGCCCGUGUUCGUGUACACGUUGUCGGCUCACGAUCGCAGCGUCAACUGCGUCCGAUUCUCCCCGGACGGAUCGAUCCUUGCGUCCGCAAGCGACGACUCGACGAUCGUGUUAUGGAUGCGGCCAAAGCAUGUGUCAAAUGACGAUGCUUUAUGGGACUGGAGCACCGUCGCGAGCAACAGCGACGUCGGUCGCGUCCUCCUCGCGUGCGGCCACAAGGGCGACAUCACCGACCUGAGCUGGUCGCCCGACAGCCAGUACUUGUGCUCCGUGUCCGUCGACAACACGGCGUCCAUCUGGCACGUCCCGACGGCCAAGCUGGUCGAGAAACGGAAGGACCAUUCGCAGUUCGUCCAGGGCGUGGCAUGGGACCCCCUCAGCGAGUUCCUAGUGACCACUGGCAACGACCGCACCUCGCGCGUGUAUGCGUUGCACGGGUACCAUCCACCUCCUUCGUUUCACAGUUGUGGAGCAACUUCUCCAGCAACCCCCACACCAGCACCCGUCGUCUCCAAGAAGAAGAAGUGUCAGUUGCUACAUACCCUUCGAGCGCUUGGCCAGAAAGAUGCCGCCAAGCCUCCCUUAGCCGCCGCCCCAGUCGACGUCGUCAAGCCCCCGCCAAAGCAGCUCCUCUUCCACGACGACACGUUCCCAUCCUUCUCCCGUCGACCCGCGUGGACCCCCGACGGCACCUUCGUCCUCCUUCCCGCCGGUCUAACCGACGCGACGGCACACACGGCGUACGUGUACGCGCGCGGGAACCUCCACGAGCCGGCGUUCCACCUCCCCGGGCACGAUAAGGGCGUCCUCGCCAUUCGCUGCAGCCCGACAUUGUACUCCCUUCGACCCGCGGCCGCCUCCAACACGUUUGGCCUGCCUUACCGACUCGUGUUUGCAGUCGCCACGCUCACGUCUGUCGCCGUGUACGACUCCCAGCUAUCUCGGCCAAUCUGCGUCGUGGAUCGCGUGCAUUACGCUGAUCUGACGGACCUGAGCUGGUCGGCGGACGGCCGCGAGCUGGCGGCGUCGUCGCUGGACGGGUAUGUGAGUCUGAUCACGUUGUCAGACACGGACCUCGGCACACCGUUGCCCCCUCAUGACUUGGCCCAGCACUUGGCGAUCCAGCGGGGUACGAUGUCGCAGAAUCUGCCACGUGGACGGAAGAAGGCUGGUGCCCAGGGCCACGCGGUGGCGUCCCCGACCAAAUCCCCCGCCACACUCGCCGCCAAGAAAGCCAAAGCCGACGUCGGCGUGUCGUCCAUCUUGCACUUUACCAAAGUGAUUAUUCCCGAAAAUGA